UGAGAAUCACUGUAAUAUCUCAGUAGAUCUAUUAUGAGUAAAUUAAGGCAGCAGCGAAUCUUACAAAGCGACCUAUUACAUUCACUAAGUAAUGGCACCUUCACACUUUUCCUUUUGCUGUGUUUACCAUGGUUUUAGAUCGUUUUCUUGGUCAUAUACGUGAAUUAUUGUUAAGAAUUACACGUGUGACAUGAUCGUUUGUGUGACGCGUUAUAAUACGAGUAAUAUACGAAAAAGAAAAAAAAAGACGUUGUUGAAAUCAAAUACCACCUUAGAUAUUACCAACGUGAUGUCAUAAUUAAACUGUACCUAAUCAGAUGGUUGAUCGAUUGGUACCUAUGACUGUGCCUGUGAUUCGUAUUCGAUCGACGAGUUUUUUGUGAUGACCGCUAUCAGCCGGUGUAUACUUUUCGUUCUUCAUGGAGGUUAAUCUUCGAGCAUGGUUUUCUAUUUUUCUGCUUUUCGAGAUGUCGUAUUCUAUUAUUAUACUAAAUGAAGAUACACUCGGCCCGGAAACUCGUACAAGGCUCACGGUUCCAUUACCACGAAGGAGUCAUGUGAACAUAACAAGAAUAUUCAAUCAAGACGAACAUCCUAAGUUUAUUUUUAAACGAAUAAAGCCUUUGAAAACUCAACGCAGAAUUCAGAAUAACGAAAUUUACGAAAUAGACGAGAAAGAUUCGGUAGUAGUAGAGGCGGAAAAUAAUACUUUGCACACGAAUGAUGUACCUGAUGCCAUGCACCAGCACGCCAGUCCGGCGGCCCCGGCUGCUGAUUCUGCGAAUAAAAUGAAACAAGACUUGAAAUGUAUUGCGAGUAAAAACGACGGUAUUUGUUUAACUAAAGAAAUGUGCCAUAAACGUGGAGGAAUUAUUGGAAACAUUUGUAAACACGAGAAAAAUCAACAUUGCUGUACAUUUUCACAUACGUGCGGUGAUUCUUCGUCGGAGCGUAUAUCUUACUUUAGAUCUCCUCCUAAUUCUUCAUCCAAAUCGCAAGGUAGCCUGGCUUGCGAUUACGAUGUGAUUUUAAGAAAGGAAACGUGUGCUGUGAGAGUCGAAUAUAUUCAUGUGACUUUGGCUCGAAAACUUGGAGGCGUUUGUGAUAUUGACCAAAUUUAUAUAUUAAAUUCAGUAGAUGGACCUACAACGGGACAAUGUGGCCCUCUGAACGGUUACACCACUACAGUUGCUGUGAACCCCAAACAAAAUAAACCUCUAAAAAUAGCGCUACUUAUUCAAAAUGAUGUAACAUAUAACUGGGCAAUAAAAACUACUCAACUAUCGUGUAAUGAAAUCAACAACUUCGUAGCGCCACGUACGUGUGGUAUGUCUAAAGAUCGAGCGACGGCUGAGAGUCACUUCACGCCGACUUAUACAAGGUAUUCAUUUUCAUUUCAACCGGAAGAAAUCGAAAAUAAAGCCAGUAAUGAUAUUUGGUGGAAUUACCCGGAACCAAUUUUUAAUAUGUAUCAUUACAGUUCGACAAAAAAAUACCUCCUGCAAGAGAAACGAAUGGGUCACCCAGGCACACUGAUGAAAAAAGAUACUGCCGAAAGACGAAUCGUUGGCGGAGUAGAAGCAGGGAUUAACGAAUUUCCCUGGCAAGUGGCCAUAGCCCUAGACGAUAUGUUUUUUUGCGGCGGUGCCUUAAUAAAUGAAAAUUUCGUCUUGACAGCAGCACAUUGCGUUCUAACACGAGACACCCCUGUCGAAGAUUUACUCUUACAUCUCGGUGAUCAUAAUUUAAUGACGACCAACGAAACAGUUCACGUAUCCAGGGGAGUUAAACAAAUCUUAUUUCACUCUCAUUUCCAUCCGUUUUUAUUAGAUAACGACAUUGCGUUGUUGGAAUUGAACGAGCCUGUAACCUUUAGCGAUAAUAUUCAACCUAUUUGUUUGCCUGAUCCGAAUGAAACGUACACCAGUAAAAAAGCCACAGUAGUCGGAUGGGGUAUAACUUCUUAUCCCAUGGGUACGCCGAGCGCAAUAUUGCAAAAGAUUCAAGUCGAAGUUGUAUCCAAUUUCCAUUGUUCUCGUAUCAUCGAAGAAAGUGUAGGGCCUGGGAUGAUUUGCGCCGCGCCGCCAGUUUUGCAAGGAACUUGCUUCGGAGAUAGCGGUGGACCUUUGAGCAUUGAAACCGAAACAGGAAAACAUAUACUCGUAGGUAUCGUAAGCUAUGGAUUAACUGGAUGCGCCUUGGUUCCUGCUUUUCCCGAUAUUUAUACCAGAGUUUCCGAAUAUGUUAAAUGGAUCGCAGUCAACGCUAUGUAAUUAAAUCCUAAAUUAUACGUGUUACCAUUACAAUAACAUUUUAAAAUAUCGCAGCUUUCAAAUAUGUACCUAUACUAUAAUUAUGCUACUCAUAUUCGAACAUUUUCCUUCUUUUUA